AUGCUUAAAAACCUAACUGAUAUGUGCCUAGUAUGCCUUAGUAAAAGUUUGCAUCUACAAGUGAACUUACAGGAUAAAUUACCAACCAAAUUCAAGGAGAUAUUGAUUGAGAGACUGGCUUUUCAUGAUCAGUUCACUUUAGAGUAUUUACCUUUUAUUGUAAGUCAUUUAUUUGCACCAACAUUGAAGAGGAUAAACUUCUACGAAUGUGAUCAGAUCAAUGAUACCGUGUUAUUGAACUUAGCUGAGUGUGGAUGCCAGUUUACAUCUCUACGUAUUGACAGCUGUGCAGAAAUCACUGAUAUAGGACUCCAUAAUCUGCUGAGUCAACAGCGCCACCUAGAGACGUUAGAGUUAAUAUUUUUACCUGAAGUUUGUGGUUGGAGUCUGAAUUCUGUCAAGUCACCGGUGCUGGCACAAGUCAUUAUUCAGGAGGAAUACGGCAAACCACCAGGCAUUGAUAAUGAAUCAUUCUGUAAUUUGGUUGCUAAUAAUAAAUCAUUAUAUUUUGUUUGUAUUCACAAAGCGCAGGGCUCACGUCCAUUAAAUGAAGAACAGAUAUCUCGUAUCAUCCAGAGCACAGGUGAACGAUUAUAUCAUUUCUAUCUGACAGGCAAUACAGAGGUCUCCGAUCAUAGCUUACAAGUGUUGGCUGAAAAUUGCCCAAACUUAAAAACGUUGAAGCUGAGAAAAGUUGAUGAAGCAUCCUGGAGAAGUAUCACUGAGAAAGGUCUGAAAAGUGUUAUGGAAAAAUGUCGCAGACUUGCAGAUCUCAAUCUUUAUUAUUAUUAUAAUUUAUUCAGUCUGCAUCGUGGUUUGUGCGUCUUGCCAUAUUUACCCAAAUCCCUUUUUGUAAUUACGCUUGAUGGAAGUUUAGAGGGAAUAGACGAGGAUAUGAUGUAUAGCGCAUUUACUCAGUUACCUCACCUCUAUAAAUUGGACGUAAACAUUGAUGGGGUAUCUGCUGAUGUUGUUGAUAAGAUUCUCUCAAAAAUGGGCAAGCAAUUACAAGACUUGAAAUUGAGCUUUUCGUCUUCUCACUGCACUACUAUGCACUCUGUUAUUAAAUCUGUAGUCCAGUAUUGCAUUAAUUUGAAAAACUGGACUGUGUAUACAUGUGAGCACAUAGAUGGCACCGAGUUGUAUCCAGUAUUGAGGGAUGAAAGAAGAGCAAAUAAUCUGAAACUCUUCAAGCUAUGGCCAGCCACACAAAUCAAGUAUGAUGUUUUACUGAGUAUAGUGAACUGUUGUAAGAAUCUGGAUACUUUCACAAUUUGCAACCACAAUGUUGAUGAUGACAUAGUCCUUGCUUUGUCACAAAACACCAACAUCAGUUGUAUUGAUCUAAAUGGUGAAUGCAAUGAAUUAAGUGAAGAGGCAUUAUGUAAAUUAGUUGUAGCAUGUCCAUUAAUGCGUGCACGGUUUCCACGAAUGAAAAACAUCACGGACAAAUUGGUGAAAAUGCUGGCAUAUCACAGCCCAUAUUUAGAUUUUGUAAGAUUAUCUGGUUGGGCUAGAAUUUCAGAAGAGAGUAUUCAGAAGUUGAGAGACAGCUGUAUCAGAAGGGUGUAUAUAGCUUAUCAUCCACGGGAAGAGCUGCAAUGA